AUGGCCGGCGGCGGCGGCGCGCGCCGGUCGGGCAGAUACAGCCUGCGGCAGCAGCCCGCACGCAAAUCGGCGGAGUCGGAGGGCGACGGGUCGAUGCGACAGGUCACCACGCGGCGGACGGUGAUGAAAGUGUACGAGAGCGCGAGGGGCGUGAGGACCGAGCACGAGGAGAAGGAGGUCGUGGUGGAGGAGCGAGAGCUGGGGCUGCAACGAUCGUCGAAACGGCAGCGCAAGACGACCCACCGCUACAGCCCCGGGGAAGACCGCCGAACUGGCAACUACGCCCGGCAGCGGGAGCUGGGCCUCAGGGAACGCCACCAGAGACCCACCUCCGAGGAGAGCGGCGACUUCGGCGACGCAGCCGCGUCAGAACCCACAAGACUGCAGUCGGAAACAGAGGAUGGAGAAAUUUCAAACAUACAUUCUUCCCGCAGGAGGCGCCCUUCCCUUUGCAAGUCGGUCGUUCCAAGGGAGCUGAAGAGGCGGCGUAGUGGCAGCGAUUACAGCCUGCGCCCCAGAAAACGAACCACCAAGUACUUUGAGGGCAAAAACGCAGGCAGUAAGGACGAGAAGUAUGACUACUUGGACGUUGAGGAGGGCGUGGAUUGCGAUGACUGUGAGAUCCCAGAUGUCGACAUAGUGCCUGACACGGUGGGGCUCAAUGCGAUAAAGUCCAUACCGAGCCUCCCUGGUGCAGAAACGGGCUCAAAGCACGUCAGCAAGAUGCCCCUUCUGGGGAAAGGGAGUGGCUGCUCGUUGGAUGUUGCACCCAUGCAAGUGGACCCUUCCCUCAACUUUGAUGACGUUGGGGGCAUGGACGAUUGCAUCAGGCAGCUCAAGGAGAUCGCGUUCCUGCCUCUCAUUUAUCCAGAACUGUUCCAGCAGUUCAACAUCACGCCACCAAGGGGAAUUCUGUUUCAUGGUGCCCCUGGAACUGGAAAGACACUCAUGGCCAAGGUGCUGGCUGCAGAGGCCUCCCGAGGGGGCAGGAAGGUAACUUUCUUCAUGCGCAAAGGUGCUGACGUCUUGACGAAGUGGGUUGGAGAGUCGGAGCGGGCAUUGAGGGCUCUGUUUGAAGAGGCCAAGAAGUGCCAACCAGCCAUCAUUUUCUUCGAUGAGAUUGAUGGUCUUGCACCGGCACGCAGUGGAAGGAUGGACCAUGUGCACAACUCCCUGGUGGCAACCCUUCUCGCCCUCAUGGAUGGUCUGGAGUCCCGAGGAGAAGUCAUCGUGAUCGGCGCCACUAACAGGCUGGAUGCCAUCGACGAUGCCCUCAAGAGGCCUGGACGUUUUGACAGGAUGUACAAGUUCAAUCUGCCAGAUGCCACAGCCAGGGAAAAGAUAUUGGUGAUUAAUACAAGGCGGUGGGAAACACCACCUGCGCCUGGCAUCGUGAAAGAACUUGUGGAAUUGACUACAGGGUACUGCGGAGCAGACCUAAAGGCGGUUUGUACCGAGGCCUUUUUCGUUGCCGUGCGUCGUACUUUCCCUCAGGUGUAUGAGACCAGACAGAAACUUUUGCUGGCUGACAAGAUGGUUCAAGUCUCCAGGGAAGACUUCCUUGCAGCCAUUAGCAUAGUCGCGCCAUCGGCCACCACAGCUUGUGCUAAUUUUGUAAGGCCGAUGAGCUCACUGCUGGCACCAUGCCUGUCAAAGCACGUGCUCAACAUCCUGCACAAAAUUCAAGCCAUCUUCCCAGCAGCAGGGCAGUGCCUCAGUAAUGGCAUCGCCACCCCAGCUGGCGCCUAUGCUGUCGAUGGGAAGGAUAUUGCCAGAUCGGCAUGCCUCAAGGCCCCAGCUUCGCUGCUGAUUUGUGGCCGGAUGGGAUGCAUGCAACAUGUCGUGGGGUCUGCAGUGCUGCAUCAGCUAGAACACCUGCCUGUGAUGAGCCUGGGUAUCACUGACCUUCUGACAUCUGGGGCAACUAUUCUGGAGGAGGCACUGCUGAACACGAUCAAGGAGGCCUGUCGGUGUGCACCUGCCAUCCUCUAUUUGCCGGACUUCCACAUCUGGUGCAGAUCUGCUUCCCAGUCACUGAAGAGCAUCCUGGAGGCGACGUGCAAGUUCCACCUGUCUGCCCCAGUUCUGGUGCUGGCUGUGGCAGAGGGCCCAGCUGCAAAGCUAAAGCCUUCAUUCACCAGGUUCGUUGGAGAGGUCCCGCAGUAUGUGGGAGCUUGCCAGCCCCAAGUGCACGAGGUGGGGUUGCCCAGUGAGUGCCAGCGUGAGGAGUUCUUUAAGAGCAGUGUCCUGGAGGCAGCCAAGCCCCCCAGAUCAUUGCCAGCCAAGGUGCCCACUCCCCACCCUGAGCUUCCAGUGGACACAUUGGCACUGAAGCGUGAUGCAGAAGUGGCAAAGAAAGAAGGGCAGAGGGCAGUUCGCGAAAUGCGGAUGUGCUUGAGAGAAGUCACAAACACCCUCAUGACGGAUGCCAGUUACUGCACCUUCAUAGAGCCCGACGAGCUGCUUGAAGACAUGCAAGCCUGGGAAACCUCAGAGGUGCCACAGGGCUUCUACAGGCUCCUUGAGAAUGUCAACAACAACAGGUACAGCAACCCCCAGGCUUACGUCAAGGACGUGGAAGGGCUUGUGCAUCUGACGCUCCAGCGUGUCAAGGAGAAGCAAGGCCAUGCUGAGAUGUUGAAGAGUAAGGAUCUUGGCCAAAGGCUGAAGGAUGCUGCUGCCCUGAUGGUGGAGUCCCGGGUGAGCCCCUCCCUUAUUUCAAAGUGCAACUCGCUCGUCCCAAAGCACACAACCCAGCUGGAGGAUGGAUACUGCAGGACUGGAGAUAGUGCCCAAGGCGAUGAAGCAGCAUUGUGUGGAGUUGUGGAGGACACAACACAAGAAGAGCCUGUACCUCACAAUCGCAUGAGCUCUCGGCUGGCAGGUGCAGCUGUAGACAUGGACAUCGUGCACCAGGACCCUGAGGUGGCAAUGAGGAAACUCAGGAACUUGGCUCGGGACAAGGCUCAAGACGAUCCACCGUUGGGGAGGGCUUACAAUGGCAAAGCGUUCCAUGUUCACCGCCCUUCUGACAGGCACAGAGAACCGACAUUGCUGGAACCAUUGAUACAAAGUCGCAGCCGGCACGGUGAGAAUGAGACGUCAGAUGUGUCCCCAGGGGACGUGGCCCAGCAGCUUGCCCGAGCCAGCGAGGGGCUCUCACUGGACCAGAUGCUGCUACUGCACUCGAGAAUAGCCCAGAAGGUGGCUUCCUGCCAGAGAACAGCAGAUCGAGGUGCUGUGCUGCACGACAUCUUGGAGGAGGGCCUAAAGUUCACACACAUGGGCGGCGACUGGAUGUGCCUGGAUGCCCAUUGA